AUGUAUAACCGGCAUCUAGGGCCUCCAGCCCAAGCACUCUACCGCGUCUUCGUUCAGCCCGCACUAUCCGCACCAUUACCACGCCCAAUCUGUCGCUCUCCUCCUCCCACUAUCCCUCGACCUCCGCUGUUCCAGGUCCGAUAUGCAGGGAAAUACCGCCCACCCGUCGCCCGCACCCAAAAAUACGACGAAGAGAUCGGGUCCCCCUACAUCAAUCUCGUCGACGACUCGGGGACCUUCCACCAGUCCGUCCGCAUGCGCGACGUCCUUCGAGACUUCAACCGCGACACCCACCACCUCGUCGCCGUCUCUCCCGCAGACCCAAACGACCCGUCUUCGCUGCCCACCUGCAAGAUCCUGUCGAAAGAGUCACUCAGGGAAGCCCAGCGCGCGAAAGCAAAGCCGAAGAAGACGGUUGCGGAUUUAAUGAAGCAGCUCGAGCUUAAUUGGGCGAUAGACGCGAACGAUCUGAAUCAUCGGCUGAAGAAGAUGGGGGAGUUUCUGGCGAAGGGGAUGAGGGUCGAAGUGGUGUUCGCGCCGAAGAAGAGGGGGAGGAAGGCUACGGCUGCGGAGAUUGAGGAUGUGGUUAAGAAGGUGCGGAGUGCCGCUGCUGAGUCCAAGGGGGAGGAAAUGAAGAAGCCGGAGGGAAAGCUGGGGGAGGUGUUGACAAUGUUCUUCGAGGGAAAGGGGGCUAAGGGGAAAAGCUAA